AUGGCAAAAAUGAAAUUCUAUUUUUUCGUGAUUUCAUCAGUUCUAGCGCUCGAAGAAAUUUGGUCAGUUCCGGUUGAUUUCGAUGUCGAAGAGAAUUUUUCUGGAGAUUUUGGAUCGGGAGAUGUUUUCAGAGAUUUGGACUACCAAGCCGACAGCACGGGGAAUGCCGGGAAAAACGAAAGUCCAUUAGAACUCGCUUGCGGCGUGUCUGAAAUUGAACUCGUGCUCAAUCGAGAUUGGUUCACGAGACAAGGGCUUUCAUGGGAGGAGAUUCAAGUUGGUGCUGUUGAUGAUGAGCAGAUGAAAAUUACGCCGGACCAGUGCAAGGUCAAUUCUGAUUGGAGGAUAUCAUUGACCCUUGCAAACAAUCAUUGUGGCACAAAAAGAGUCGUAGAAAGAGCUGGAAACACUACAAAAAUGAUCUUCUCCAACUCCAUCUUUUCCGGCUUUCGGUCAAAAUCGGCAGUAACUGGCGAACAAGUGCACAUCCAGUUCUCUUGUGGCUACGACCUGAACCAUCAAGUGCAGGUUCAUUGCUCUCCUAAUGACCAUUUGCGACAUGUCGCGAUUAGCGGGCUUGAUUGA